GGUAUAUCGCAAGAUCAAGUGUUCGAGACAGGGACAGCUCUAGUCCAGGGCUUCACACCCAUCAAACAGAAUGUCUUCUCGCAUUCCAUGUCUACACCAGCAACCCAAAACAGUGCGCCGAGGCGAGUCAUCACUGCACAUAUCCAACAUCCCCUCCAUGAGCGUCCAGGACAUUUUAACUUCUAUGCUUGCCACGAUUUAAUUCACGACUCGCCGGAUAUCAAAGUCCAUUUGCUCGGCAGCAAUUACAAGGCUUCACCACGCAUCCGAAAAAAAGUCCCAUGCGACGAGCGCAAGCUGUGGAAUCACCGCGAGCUCGAAGCCAGAAGGGGUAUACUGCGGACAAGGCAUGAGAGGCGGCAAAAAUUGCUGAUGAAAGAUAUCGGCACGAUUUAUGGAAGACGUAAUGUUUCUGACAGGUUGACCAGGGAGAUGCGGUGCCCACGGAACCAACACAGUCCUGGAGGGUUUCACGACGCAAGAGAGCGUUGA